AUGGGUAAUUCUUGCAGCAAUAUUAAUCAGAACGGCGACAGCAAUAUUGGCUCAGCACAAAGCGCCGACGAGAACAAGUCGAACUCCGCCUCGUCCAUUCUUUCUACCCUCGCGCCAGUCGCCCUCUAUGCACUGGUCUACGCCAUCUUGUUCCUCGUCCUGAGAAACAGAUUUCCGAGAUAUUAUCGACCAAGAACAUUCGUCGGUAGUCUGCGAGACGAAGCAAAGACACCUCGACCCAAGGAUGGCAUCUUCAACUGGAUCGGCGAGUUCUGGUCCAUGCCAGACACUUACGUGCUCAAUCACCACACGCUGGAUGGCUACCUUUUCCUGCGCUUUCUCAAGAUAUGCGUGGUCAUGUGCCUGGUGGGAUGUCUCAUUACAUGGCCAGUCCUCUUUCCCAUCAAUGCCACUGGUGGUGGAGGCAAGCAGCAGCUCGACCUGCUAACGUUCGCCAACAUCUCUGAGACCUCCACUGGCGGAUACUACAAGUAUUUUGCGCAUGCAGGAUGUGCCAUUAUCUUCUUCAGCUUCGUCAUCUACAUGAUCACGCGCGAGAGCAUCUUCUACAUUAAUCUUCGACAGGCAUACCUCAUGUCCCCCCUUUACGCUAGCCGCAUCUCCUCGCGCACCGUACUCUACACAUCGGUUCCAGAGGAGUACAUGGACGAAGCAAAGCUUCGCCGCAUGCUUGACCCGGGUGUCCGACGCAUCUGGCUGCAGACCGACUGCAAGGAUCUCGAAGACAUUGUUGGCGAUCGCGACACGGCCGCCAUGAAGCUGGAGGCCGCCGAGACUAAGCUUGUCAAACUGGCCAACGGCAACCGUAUCAAGGCUGCGAAGAAAAGCGACGGAAAUGAUUCUGAGGAAGCCGCGAUCGGCGAGCGCAAUAACACGGCGGAACAAUACAUCAAGGCGAAAGAUCGUCCAACGCAUCGGCUGAAGCCGCUCAUCGGCAAGAAGGUGGACACUAUCCAGUGGUGCCGCGAUGAGCUCCAGAAGCUCAUUCCCAAGGUCAAUGCGGAGCAGGCCAAACACAUGACUGGAGAAGCAAAGCGCCUCAACUCUGUCUUCGUGGAAUUUGAGACUACCUCGGAGGCUCAAGCUGCAUAUCAGAGCUUGACGCACCACCAGGUCCUGCAAAUGUCUCCUCGUUUCAUUGGCAUGACUCCGGAAGAAGUGAUUUGGAAGAACCUCUCGAUCAAGUGGUGGGAGCGAAUCAUCCGACAAAUCGGAACUACCACCUUUGUGGUUGCGCUAAUCAUCUUCUGGUCUAUUCCCGUGGCGGUGGUCGGUGCGAUCUCUAACAUCAACUAUCUGACUUCAUGCCUGCCGUGGCUGAGCUUCAUCAACGAUAUCCCGGAGGUGAUUUUGGGUGUCGUCACCGGUCUACUGCCAGUCAUAUUGCUGGCUGUCCUCAUGUCACUGCUGCCCGUCAUCCUUCGUCUGAUGGCGAAGAUCGGCGGAGCACCGACUGCCAGCGCUGUUGAGCUCAACGUUCAGAACUCUUACUUCGCCUUCCAAGUGGUACAGGUCUUCCUGGUGGCCACUCUGGGUUCAGCCGCGUCAUCGGUCGUGCAAUCGGUAAUCCAAGACCCAACCAGCGUCACGAACGUCCUGGCCAAGCAGAUUCCUCUGGCGAGCAACUUCUACAUCUCCUACUUCAUCCUGCAGGGACUCGCGAUUGUGUCGAGUCUGCUCCUUGGUCUGGUCGGCUUGAUCCUAUUCAUGGUGCUGGGCAAGAUUCUCGACAAGACUCCGCGGAAGAUGUACAAGCGCUGGAUCUCACUGUCGAGCCUGGGCUGGGGUACAUUAUUCCCAGUCUAUACGAACUUGUUCGUGAUCGCGAUGUGCUACGCCGCCAUCGCCCCUCUGGUCAUGGGCUUCGCAGCUAUCGGUCUAUUCCUCUUUUACUUUGCAUACAGAUACAAUUUGUUGUUCGUCUCGAACGCAGUCAUCGAUACGAAAGGGCUGGUGUAUCCUCGCGCGCUCAAGCACUUGUUUGUUGGCAUCUACGUGGCCACAGUGUGCUUGAUCGGUCUUUUCGCCAUCGCGGUUGGGACGAGUGUCGGAGCUCUCGGCCCAAUGAUCCUGAUGAUCAUCUUCUUGAUCUUCACCGCACUCUACCACCUCAGCCUCAACGCCGCAAUGGAUCCCCUCUUGACCUACCUACCAAAGUCUCUCGACGCGGAGGAACGACACCUUCUUGAAAUCGAGCACGGCAACGGAGUGGCUGAGGGCGACAGAUUGGCUGAUGGCGAUGCGGCGAAGGAAGCCCGCAUCUCUAACGGCAACCACGAGCUGGGCCCUGCUCCUCACAAGAAGCCCAACUUCCUCGUCAAGUGGCUCCGGCCAGACAUCUACACCGACUACUUAACGAUGCGCCGCCUGGUACCAAAGGAGAUCGCCGUCCACUACACCAACGAGGUCGAGAAGACAGCAUUCUUCAACCCGGCCAUCACAAGCGCCACACCUCUCCUCUGGAUCCCUCGCGAUCCUGUCGGUAUCAGCAGGCAGGAGAUUCGCGAUACUUCUAAGAUCAUCCCGAUGACUGAUGAGGGCGCGUACCUUGAUGCGAAGAACAAUGUGUGCUGGGACGCCGAGGAUGGAAGACCGCCAAUUUAUGAGGAGAAGAUCUACUACUAG